GUUCCGCAGUCACUUCCUGCAGCUGUUUCCCUGUGGGUAGGGUUGGACUGACUUUUGACAGUCAGCCUUCUGCUGCGGUGGGGGCUAGGCGGCCGGGAGCGGAGAAAGUUGCUCGGAAGAGAGGCGGGGUAGAGCCGGGCCGGGCCGGGCGCGCAGGGCGGGCGGCGGCGGGCGUCCCGGACGGACGCGGCGCCGAGACUGCCGGCGCGUCCCGGGGGUUCCGAUUUGAAGACUCAACUUCUUAUUGCCUACUGGAUUAUGCCCACAGUUUUCCUACCCAAUGAUCCUCCUGCAACAGGCCGGGCUUCCUCCACCUAAGCGACCUUCAUCCUCUCCUCCUAUGUCAGUGGCCACCAGGUCUACAGGAACCUUGCAGCUUCCACCACAGAAGUCUUUUGGGCAAGAGGCAUCUUUGCCUCUGGCUGGGGAAGAAGAAUUACCUAAGGGAGGGGAGCAAGACUCUGCCCUGGAGGAGCUAUGUAAACCCCUGUACUGCAAACUCUGUAAUGUCACCCUGAACUCAGCACAGCAAGCUCAGGCUCAUUAUCAGGGUAAAAAUCAUGGUAAGAAACUCCGAAAUUACUAUGCAGCCAAUAGCUGUCCUCCUCCUGCCAGAAUGAGCAAUGCGGUGGAACCUGUAGCUACCCCAGUUGUUCCAGUCCCUUCACAGAUGGGCUCCUUCAAACCAGGAGGCAGAGUGAUCCUGGCCACAGAGAAUGAUUACUGUAAGCUCUGUGAUGCCUCCUUUAGUUCCCCGGCUGUGGCUCAAGCUCACUAUCAAGGGAAGAAUCAUGCCAAGAGGCUGCGGCUGGCGGAAGCUCAGAGUAACUCAUUCUCGGACUCCUCAGAGGUGGGUCAACGACGGACCCGGAAAGAGGGGAAUGAAUUUAAGAUGAUGCCUAAUAGGAGAAAUAUGUAUACAGUACAGAAUAAUUCAGCAGGUCCUUACUUCAAUCCCCGCUCUCGGCAGAGAAUUCCACGUGAUCUAGCCAUGUGUGUUACUCCAAGUGGCCAGUUUUACUGCUCAAUGUGUAAUGUCGGGGCUGGUGAAGAGAUGGAGUUCCGGCAGCACUUAGAGAGCAAGCAACACAAAAGCAAAGUGUCUGAGCAGCGGUACAGGAAUGAGAUGGAGAAUCUGGGCUAUGUAUAGUGAUGGCCACAUUCAGAUGGAGCAGCUUGUCCUGCCUGUUUGCCUUCUGUCACCUUGCCCUGCUUUGUGGUCCUUUUGGUAUGAGUACAUUCCUCUGCUUACUGUUAAUACAUGUAACCUGCAGUGGUACCACAAGAUGUCAAAAACUCGGGGGUGGGGGGAGGGAAAUGUGCUUCUUAGGUCAUAAUACUUUUUCAGGUCAACUGUGUUGAGCUACUUAUAGCAUGUGACCUACCUCCCCCAUCCGAAAUAACUUUAUCUUGGCCAAGUUCUGGUUGACUAGUAGUCUGAUCACUUAGAGCUAUGACUAUUUAAAAACUUCAACUUCUUUUGCCAUUUCAGUUUUAUGUACUGUUAAAGAGUUGUAUUGAGUUUGUACUUCAGAUCACAGUUAAAACAGGUAAGCAGAGAUUCUGUUUCCCAAGGCUUCGCUGGAACCAUCACUUCCAUGCAUUGUCAGUAGGAUAUAUCAUUAUGAUCCACAUUAGGGUCACUCCCAGGAUACAUCCCUGUGUCACGUCCCUCCAUCACUGAAAUGCAGAUUUUCUUGAUUUCAGACACUUGCAGUGUGCUUGUGGUUUUCCAAGUGGCUAAACUUCAUUUCCAAUUAUGGAUUUCACACAUUUAAUUGUCACCACCAUCUUCUUCUUUUCUUCCCCUCUGCUAGUAAAUCAACUUGUCUAAUAAGCUCAUUUUCAUGUCUUGGCUGUGCUGUGGGUUUUCUAAACCCCAAAUUUGAGUAUGUAAUGAGUUUAAAAUGGUCACGACUUUUUAAAAAAUAUUUUCACAGCUUAGUUUAGGAAACAUAAAGAUGGGUUUGAUUUUUCAGUUUAGAGUUAUGUCUUCACUGAUAGUAAUAUGCCCUUGUGUGACAGUCUCAACAUAAGUUCAGAUCUCUUGAUAUACUGUUUUGGCAGACUUUGUAGAUGAUCCAGUUCUUAUACUUUACAUUCUUCUCUGUCUUGCCAGUUUGUUGCUGUCCUGAAAAAUACCACUUCCUGCUCUUCAUAGAGGAAUUUAUUUUUAAAAGUUGAUCAAGUUUCAGUAUCAUCAUUUCCAGUAGAAAAAUAUAUGAACUUUUCUUUUAUCCUUUGUAAUUUGGCUUCCCUGAGAAUAUUCAAACUCUAUUAUAGAUGAUUUUGGUAUCUGAUAAUUAUAAGGAUAUUAGUAUUAUUUUUGGAUUUUGUUUUUAAAAUAUAAAGCCAUAGAGUAUGUCUAGUUGAAAUGUUAUGUGAAAUUUCAUUUAUUUUGCAUUUCAUCUCUUUAGUCUAUUUUUCUUGACAUGGAUAAGACUGGCACUUUUGAAAAACCACAUUCACCGAGAAGUUUAUAUUGAACAGUCUUUGCGUACUUGAUUAUGUUACUAAUUAAAACUCUUGUGUAACUUUGAGAGUUCUAUACGCAAAUAGAUGGAGAGAAGAAAAAUUGCAAUCACCAUUCAUUUUUGGUAAUUUUUCAGAACAAUUUUUAACCCUCUAGACCCAUAAUUAAAAAUUGGUUUUGUGAUUAACUUUUAGAACAAUAUCAAGUUACUUUUUCGUAUUGAACUGAUACUUUAUAAAAAAGUAGAAUUUUUUGGUAAAUUUUUUCCACAUAAAUAGAAAAAUAAUGUUCUGUUGAGAUUCUAUAUGAACCUGUGACUGUUAGUAUUAUAACCAUUUUGUAGUAAUUAUAAAAUUGAUUCGUUUAGAGAAGUUUAGGGCUUAUCUUACUGGCCAGUAGGUUACUCAUUUUGCUGCUAGGUGUCACUUUUUGGGUACAUUUGAAUAUAGUGCUGCCAGUUGGUUCUAUGAUUAUAUAGAAAUCUUAUAUUCUCCCUCUAUAUGUGUAUAUGCGCACAUAUCCAUACCCAUAGCCACAGACAUGCAGGCACACACACACACACACACACACACACACACACACACACACACACAUUGCGCACACAGUUUUAUGUGAUACCCUAGAGAUAGUUUCAUUGUAUUGUUAUAUUUCAGAUAACAUUAAAAGAUUGUGAAUAUGAAUUUGCAUCUUGUACAAGUGGUAUUCAUCUUUCAGUUUUUUUCUCUGAAAUUGCAAUUAAAGGAUAUGUUUUCCCUGCUCUCCUCACUUAACAAUUUCAUCAUCUGUGUACAGAAAGCAGUGGACUUAAGGGCUUGAUGUUUUUUCAGGCCUUGUGUAUUCAGGUUUCCAGUUUCCCAGUGCCCUUAAUGGAUGUUAUGAAUGCAUAAGCGCAUUUUCUUUGAAAGAAAGAAGUUAGAUUUAUAGUGUUAUUUUUUACUUGCUAUCUUUCUUUGCACUAAAAAAGAGCUAUGUAUUUGUUUUAUAUGACACUUUAGUACCAUAUUGCCUACAGUAACUCAAUUUGUUUCUUAAUUUCUAAACUCUAGGAAGUUGCUAACUUCUACAAUCACUUAUAAAGGUUACAUGCACAUCAAAAAAAAAAAAAUCACAGAUAUCUAUGCUAGUAGGUUGUGUUUUGUACUAGUUACCUUGCA